UACACCUCUUCUGGGAAAAACAGUAGAUCCAGUCCACUGAUCAACUAACUGAUCAUUUCUCCCUUUGAAUUUUUAGAAUUCUCCACUCAAUAUUCUACUAAUUUUUCACAAAGGAAUCACCUUUAGUAAAUAGUAGUAAUUGCUUUUCUUGGAAUACUGUCUUCUGUAAAUACAGUGUAUGGUGAUGAACUGUGAAUCCAACAAGAAAAAGAGAAUUUUCAAUUGAAUCCAUGAGGAUUAUUAGCUCUCUAAUUUGCAUAUAUGGAUUGGUAUUAUUCUUCUCACUGAAUUAUCCUGCUAAAGUUACAGCAGGUGACAUUGUUCAUCACGAUGACUUAGCACCCAAGAAACCCGGUUGUGAGAACGACUUUGUGCUGGUGAAAGUUCAAACUUGGAUUGAUGGUAAAGAGGAUGCAGAAUUUGUUGGUGUUGGUGCUAGAUUUGGCACUACUAUUGUGUCCAAGGAGAAAAAUGCACAGCAAACUCCCCUUACUCUUUCUGACCCUCGGGAUUGUUGCAAGCCUCCAAGGAAGAAGCUUGCUGGAGAGGUCAUCAUGGUAGAUCGCGGCCAUUGCAAAUUCACAACAAAGGCUAAUAAUGCGGAAGCGGCGGGGGCUUCGGCAAUCUUGAUAGUAAAUAAUCAAAAAGAACUUUACAAGAUGGUUUGUGAUCCUGAAGAAACUGACCUAGAUAUACACAUACCUGCCAUUAUGCUACCUCAGGAUGCUGGGGCAACGCUGGAUAAAAUGCUUUUGAAUCGCUCAUCAGUUACUGUGCAACUCUACUCUCCAAGACGACCUGUAGUGGACAUUGCAGAAGUAUUUUUGUGGCUGAUGGCUGUUGGUACAAUCUUAUGUGGUUCUUAUUGGGCUGCUUGGAGUGCUAGAGAAGCAGCUAUAGAGCACGACAAGCUGUUGAAGGAUGCUUCAGAGGAAGAUCUUCCACAUUUUGGAACUGGUGGUUCAAGCACUGUCAUGGAUAUAAACAUGAUAUCAGCAGUCUUAUUUGUUGUUGUUGCUUCCUGCUUCUUAAUUGUAUUAUAUAAGUUGAUGAGGUUCACGUGGUUCUUUGAAAUCUUGGUGGUUCUAUUUUGCAUCGGUGGUGUAGAGAGUUUACAAACUUGCUUAGUUGCCUUGCUAUCAAGGUGGUUUAGGCGUACGGGAGAGUCAUUCAUUAAAGUACCCAUUUUUGGUGCAGUCUCUUAUCUUACUUUGGCUGUUUCCCCAUUCUGCAUAACCUUUGCAGUGGUUUGGGCAGUGUACAGAAAUUCUUCUUUUGGCUGGAUAGGUCAAGACAUACUUGGUAUCACACUAAUAAUUACAGUUCUGCAAAUUGUACGGAUACCUAAUCUCAAGGUCGGUACAGUUCUUUUGGGUUGUGCCUUCAUCUACGACAUAUUUUGGGUGUUUGCUUCCCAGAGGCUCUUCCAUGAAAGUGUGAUGAUUGUGGUAGCUCGUGGUGAUAAAAGCGGAGAGGAUGGCAUUCCAAUGCUGCUGAAGAUCCCACGACUAUUUGAUCCAUGGGGUGGUUACAGUAUUAUUGGCUUUGGCGACAUCCUAUUGCCUGGCCUGCUAGUAGCAUUUUCACUUAGGUAUGAUUGGCUUGCUAAGAAGAAUCUCCGAGCUGGUUACUUCUUGUGGGCGAUGAUUGCAUAUGGAUUAGGUCUUCUUAUUACAUAUGUAGCAUUGAACUUAAUGGAUGGUCAUGGCCAACCUGCACUUCUUUACAUCGUCCCGUUUACCCUCGGGACCUUUUUGAUACUGGGGACGAAGAGAGGUGAUCUGAAAAUUCUUUGGACAAAGGGUGAACCAGAAAGGGUGUGUCCACAUAUUCGUCUUGAAUCGAAGGAAGAAUCGGAUAGAGAAGAAUAAGGCAUCUUCCUCCUGUAAUUAUGUUGCUACUGACCUAAGUAUUAGUAUCUGCUGCUAUCAAUCAUCAACAUUCUGGUAUUGUUUAAGGCUUAGCAAAAUCUUCAGUGCUACAUACUAACAAUAUAUGCCAGUUAAUGUACAGCUGAUUGAUCAGCAUUUGGUGAAAAUAGUGUAGUUGCUGCUUUGAUUAUUGUCUCCA